CCCGAUUCUGCAGUCUCUUAGUCAGGGGCCAGCGGGCCAGCGUAUACCUGCCUAGAUAUUAAGUGUGAGUCGAACGGCCUCAGUCUAGCUCUACUAGCCAGCCACCUUGUUCAUCAGACUCAAUCAUUGCUGACUCCGCAUCAUGGACGAAAAAGACUCUUCUUCUACGCAGACUCCUCCAUCUGAGGAGCCUCAGUCGCCGCCCGCUGAGCCCAAGGAGGAAAGCGUGCGAACCAUCCAUGGCUUUAAGUGGUUUCUGGUUUGUAUAUCCCUCUAUGUCGGAUCCUUGAUCUACGGCUUGGACACGACAAUUGCGGCCGAUAUUCAAGCUGCUAUCAUCAAACGAUUCGACAAUGUCGACCAGCUGACUUGGGUCGGUACCGGGUUCCCCCUGGGUUCUGUAUGUGCCAUUUUGCCAGCUGCCGCCUUCUAUGCCGUCUUUGACCUCAAGAUGCUUUUCAUUGCCAGCGUCGUUCUUUUCGAAGUCGGCUCUGUCCUCUGCGGAGCUGCCCCCGACAUGAAUGCGCUGAUUGUAGGACGUGUCCUUGCUGGUUUGGGCGGAUCGGGCGUUUACAUUGGUAUCCUCAACUAUUUCUCCCUUUGCACAACCAAUCAAGAACGCGGUCGAUAUGUGUCAGGUAUCGGUCUCGUUUGGGGUGUCGGUGCUAUUUUGGGCCCUGUUGUUGGAGGUUCCUUUUCGGACAGUUCGGCCACCUGGCGUUGGUCUUUCUACAUCAAUCUGGUCAUUGCCGCUAUUUGCGCUCCGGUCUAUUUGUUUUACUUACCCUCAGUUAAACCGCCCGCAGCUUCCAAUGAAUCCAUCCUUCGAAGACUAGGAGCUAUGGACUGGAUGGGAUUCAUACUGAGCUCCGGUGCAAUGGUGUGUUUUGUCAUGGUUCUGACAUUUGAUGGAGCCGGAUGGGCCUGGGACGAUGGUCGAUCAAUUGCAACCUGGGUGGUUUUUGGAGUCCUUUUGAUUGCGACCACGGUGCAGCAGAAGUUUAAGCUGUUGACAGACGAUGAACACCGUAUGACGCCUCCCGGACACAUUCUCACGAAUCGCUCGCAGAUUCUUUUCAACAUCCAGACCGCGGCCACUGUGGCAAACAUUUAUGUUCCACUCUAUUAUAUCCCUUUGUACUUUCAGUUCGUGCAGGGAGACACUGCAGUAAAGGCUGCAGUCCGUCUGUUGCCUUUCAUUUUACUGCUGGUUUGCACUAACAUGGCAUCUGGUGCCCUUUUGCCACGCAUUGGCUACUACUGGGCCAUCUACGUCGUUACCGGUGUCCUGAUGACGGUCGGUGGUGCUCUCAUGUACACCGUGAACAUCGAUACCAACCCCGGCAAUGUUUAUGGAUACAGCGUUCUUCUUGCCAUAGGAAGUGGUCUGACCUUCCAAGCCGGCUAUACACUCGCCGGUAUCAAGGUUUCCUUGAAAGGCUGGUCAGGCAAAGACAUUCAGAUGGCCGUGUCCCUCCAAAACAUCUCCCAGGUCGGCGGCACGCUUCUUUGUCUGUUGAUAUCCGGACAGAUCUUCCAAAGUCUUGCCUUCAGCAACCUAAAGGCUGUUCUAGAGCCCGCAGGAUACAGCGACGCUGACAUUCGUACUGUUGUGGCUGGUACUCAGAGUUCUAUUUUCGAACAUCUCAGUUCCGAGCUGGCCCGUGAAAGCACCGAGGCAAUUACUCGGGCGAUGAGCCGCGUCUACACUAUCAGUAUUGCGGCCGGUGGAUUGUCACUUAUUGCUGCGUUGCUGAUGAAGAAGGAGCGGCUAUUUGGCAAGAAAUGAUUUUCAAGGUCGCCGUCAUCGUCAAGUAUUAUCUCUAAUCCCCUUUAAACUUCCCAGGUGGUGGUCGGCUAUAAUCAACAGUCUGGGCCUAUGCCUUCCAGCUGGAUAGCGCGAUGUUUUCGAAUAGAUUAGGUACGCAGGUUGAUAUUAG